AUGGAUACAGCGGCGAACUUGCACAAUAUUCAAGCAACCAAAACCGAAGGUGGUGUUGCUCCUCCGAAGCGGACUCUGUCGACUCCACCCCGCCCAUACCCGCCAAGGCACCACGAUCCGGCCGCGCUCCGAGUAUUCGUCUUCCAAGCCUCUUGGCCUCCGAACAAUUUCAGUCGCUCUUGGACCGGCUCACAUUUAUACUGCAAGUGCUCAGGACUCAGACAGGGCGGCUCGGCUGGCCAAGUGGCGCGUUCCCUACGGACCUUGAGAAGAGACGUAGGACCUUGA